AUGAGACUGCCUCUGGAAAAGACAGUGACCUUCCUCAAAGACAGUGGCCUAUCCCUUCUCCCUGCCGACAAGGAAGGAGGCUUUGCGGUUCUACCCAAAGGCGAGUACCUGACCAAGGCCCAAGAAGCCAUCGGUUCAUCAUUCGAUAAGUGCAGCAACGUGUGCCUAAGCAAGCAACAGUUUAUCCAAGAUAACGUGGCCAUUGAGACUGAAACAGGAGAUGACCAUCUCAUGAAGGUUUUGGGCGUGCCGUGGGAGCAUAAAGGCGAUACCACCGCAUUGACAGUGCGCAACGCAGCCUCCUUUGCCACAAACAGUCCGGCCACCAAGCGCACGAUCCUUCAAACUGUAGCUAGAGUUUACGAUCCGCUCGGUUAUCUUUCCCCCUUCACCGUGAAAGGGAAGCUAAUUUUCCAAGACCUGUGGAAGCGGAAGCACUCCUGGGAUGACACGCUGCCAGAUGAAGUACAAGCUGCAUGGAACGCGUGGUGCGCCGAGUUACCAGAGGUCCAGGCACAGAUUCCUCGCUACGUGUUUCUGCACGACAGUAGCGUGGAGCUGGCAUUUGAACUGCACAUAUUUACUGAUGCCAGUCCUAAGGCUUAUGGUGCGUGUAUCUACGUUCGGGCGCUUUCUGCCGACGGGCCAUGCGUCACACGAUUGCUCAUCAGCCGAAGUCGCGUCGCUCCGCUCAAGACGAUGUCCCUGCCGCGACUGGAGCUGAUCGCCUGCGUUAGUGGAGCACGGCUAGCGGAGUACGUGCGGUCCGUGCCACUUCUCCAGCAGGCAUCCGCUCGAUUUUGGACCGACUCCCUCGUCGCUCUUCACUGGAUCCGAGCAAAAACAAGAAAUCGAGAUCUCAUCAGCAAUCGUGUGGCCGAGAUAUCUAAGCUCACUAAUCCCGACACCUGGGCGCAUUGCAGCAGCGGCGAGAAUCCUGCCGAUCUACUCACCCGUGGCGUGUCUGCAAAGGCGCUUUUGGAGUCGGAUAAAUGGUGGCACGGUCCCCCUUGGAUCUCAACGCCAGGACCGAUUCCCAGUUUCAAGCUGGAUGACCUUCCGAACGACAGAGACAAUGAGCCUCUCUUUGAGACAGCCACGACGAUCUGUCCAUCGCUUGUUUCAUCGAGGACGUCAAUUGUGCGUGCGGAAGAUUUCAGCUCGCUCAACAGGCUUCUGCGCGUUACUGCUUUCGUACAGCGAUUCGUCCACAACGCUUCGAGAAGGAGCCCUCCCCGCGGUGGAACGCUCACGACUUUAGAACUUGAAGAAGCCGAGCGUUAUUGGCUUAGACUCGUACAAGACCAGUAUUUCAGAGCCGAAACACGAUUUCUUGAGAAAGGAAAAAAGCUGCCAUCAACAUCAUCGGUUCUUCGCCUGGCCCCAAUCCUGGAUACGAAUGGACUCCUCCGUGUCGGUGGGAGGCUUGACCUGCUUAACGCCAGUCCUGACAUCCGGCAUCCCAUUCUGUUGUCCGCCGAACACAAGUUCACCACCCUGAUUGUUCAAGCUGCUCAUGCCCGCACUCUUCAUGGUGGCAUCGAGCUCACCCUGACCGAACUCCGGUGUGCCAUUGAUGCUUUCGACACCUUUCUUAGAAGCAUUGAGCUCACACUCGCUGCCUCCAAGAUUGAAGCCCUCCUGUCAACCCUGGAGCUGCCGCCCGUUUUGAGGUCCCUCAACUUCCUCUCCGUUCCCGUCCCGCGGGGUAGGAGGGUCUGCUACCUCGGUGCAACUAUCGACCACCGCAUCAGCUGGCAGCCCGCUGUCAAGGAGCUUCGUUCGGUGCUCAAGUCCAGUCUGGCGUCAAUCUCCGCCACGAUCCAUUGCAACUGA